AUGAAGACAUCCUGGGCAUGGGCUUGGAGGGCGCUGGCAGAGCUCUUUCUUCUCUGUGCUGCCCUGGGUUGUCUCAGUUUGCCUGGCUCCAGAGGUGGAAAGCCACCCUAUCUUGAGUCAAACGCGGUCAAUGGGAGCCUGGCCAAGAGCAGGCAGACAAGGAGUGUGGAUGUCACCUUGACGCCUAUUGACUGUGAACUGUCCAGCUGGUCCUCCUGGACCAGGUGUGAUUCCUGUCGGAAGAAAAGGUACAGACACGCCACCUUGCUCCGACCCUCUCAGUUCCAUGGGGAUCCAUGCAGAUUCUCUGACAAGGAAGCCGAAGACUGUGUCACCAACGCACCCUGCCGAAGUCAAGUGCGAUGCGAAGGCUUCGUGUGUGCACAGACAGGGAGGUGUGUAAACCGCAGACUCCUUUGCAAUGGGGACAAUGACUGUGGCGACGGGUCAGAUGAGGCCAACUGUAGGAAGAUCUUUAAAAAGUGUCUGCAUGAAAUGGAGCAGUACUGGGCAAUUGGCCAUCUGGCCAGUGGGAUUAAUUUGUUCACAAACAGUUUUCAGGGCCCAGUUCUCGAUCACAGGUAUUACGACGGUGGGUGCUCCCCACAUUACAUACUGAACACGAGGUUUAGGAAGCCAUACAACGUGGAAAGCUACACCCCGCAGACCCAAAGCAAAUAUGAAUUUGCACUGACAGAAUAUGAAUCAUACUCAGAUUUUGAACAUAAUGUCACAAAGGCAGAAGCCAGCCAGUUUAGUUUCAGCUUUGGUUUCACGCUACCUGGAAUAUUUGAACUUGGCCUUGACAUGGCAAGUGAUAACAACCAACGUUUUGUCAGCAAAACCAAACGAUUCUCUCAUACUAGCAGCCGGUUUCUGCACGCGCGCGCCGACCUGGAGGUGGCGCGCUACCGGCUGCGCUCCCGAAGGCUCAUGAUCCACCCCGAGUUCCUGCGGCGCGCCCGGCGGCUGCCCCUGGAGUACGCCUACGGCGAGUACCGGGACCUCUUCCGCGACUUCGGGACCCACUACAUCACCGAGGCCGUGCUGGGGGGCGUCUACGAAUACACGCUUGUCCUGAACCAGGAGGCCAUGGAGAAAGCAGAUUAUUCUCUGAAGGAUGUUCAUGCCUGUGCCAAAGCAGGCUUCAGAAUCGGCGCUGCCUUCAAAGCAGUCUACCUCAAGCUUGGUGUGUCGAUGGCCCUGUGCGAGGGAGUCCUGAGGGAUAUAAAAGACAGAAACAAGAGACAAAGCGUAAUAGAGGACUUGGUGGUCCGCGUGCGAGGAGGAGCAAGUGAGUAUGUCACCGCCCUGGCGUACAAGGACCUGCCGACAGCGGAGCUGAUGCAGGAGUGGGGGGACGCAGUGCAGUACAACCCCGACAUCAUCAAAAUUCAGGCAGAGCCUCUGUAUGAGCUGGUGACCGCCACAGACUUCGCCUACUCCAGCACCGUGAAGCAGAACAUGAAGCGGGCCCUGGAGCAGUUCCAGAAGGAAGUCAGCUCCUGCCUCUGUGCUCCCUGCCAAGGGAAUGGAGUCCCUGUCCUUAAAGGAUCACGCUGUGACUGCGUCUGUCCUAAUGGAUUUCAAGGCCAAGGCUGUGAAAUCACUUUACGGAAAAAUGUCCCCAUUGAUGGGCAGUGGAAUUGCUGGUCAGACUGGUCUCCAUGUUCUGGAGGACAUAAAACACGACAAAGGCAGUGCAACAACCCACCUCCUCAAAAUGGGGGCAGCCCCUGCUUGGGCCCUGCUUCAGAAACACUUACCUGUUGA